AUGGAUGGUAUGGCUGCUCAGAUGAGCCAGCGUUCCCGUGAUCUGGCCAAGAAAUACAACAAGGUGAUGAUGAUCAAGGAUGAAAAAGACAUGAUCACCCAUUUCGACGAAGCCUUCCUGAAGGAUUCGCUCGCUGUUACCUACAACGCAGCCUUUUUCACUGAACCCGAGGGACGUCGUGUCACCAGCAGAGAAGUCAGAGGAUACUUCAGCCCUGUUCUUGAACCGCACAUGCCUCACUUUACCUUGUUUGUGUCCAACGAUCUCGAGGUUCUCGCUCUGCGACGCAAGACUCGCAAGGGUGUCCUACCAGAACUCGGCGUUGAAAAUCCGGAAACUGGUCGUGACGCUAGGGGAUGGAACGAAGUCCUCAAAGACGCUCAUGCUCGCUCAGUCGAAGUCAAGGUGUACAUUGGGUAUGAAGCACUUGAGCUACACAAGUCCAUCGUCAUCCCCAAAUAUGACGAGUUUAAAGCCAAUCACCCUGAUAUAGCCACCAAGCUCAGCGAGCAGGUGAAAAGCGAGAUUCAACGCAUCAUCAGUACCGGGUCCGUGGCUAUCUUCUAUUCAGUCAAGUUCGAUCCGCUGCAGGCAGCACAGGACAAGAUCUACAUGGGAUACCCGGACUGGGCUACGGAGUUUGUCGAAGCCAUUCAAUCGGGUGUCAUCACUUGCAUCAUUGAUGGUAGCAUCCUGACAGGCCCCCGCAUUAAGAUCAUCAGAGAGCUCAUGGACGAAGCGAAGGAUACUGGCUCAGCCGUUAAGAAGUUCUGGGUCAAUGGAUACUCGCGCCGACUCGUCAUUGUCCCUCCUCGCAUUCGUGUUACUCCCUUUUCUGAGUACGUCACGAACGAGAACUAUCGCUACCGUGCCCAACUUCCAAACUACUCCUGGAACGAGGCCGCUAUCAAAAUGGCUGUCACUAUCCGUCAGAAGCGCACUCAGGUCGCAGACUCUAACCGUCGCUUUGAACAAGAGCAACACAAGAUCACCUUUAUCAAUGUCGCUGGUACACAUGAAGGUCACCUCCUUGGCUUCAUCAGCUUUCCCACCGAUGAUGCUACUAUCCUGAGUCCUGGUACAGAGCUCCGAAUGACCUUCCUGGACAAACCAAAGGCUAUUGAAAAGGCCAAUCCGGAGAAAGAGAACGGAACGAAUACAAACGAUGGUGAUUCCGGCAUCGAAGAGAAGGAUGAAGGUCAUGAGGACGCUCAGACGGACGAGCCAAACGCUACGGCAGAACCUACAUCACAUGAACAACCCCAAGAAGCUGAGGUCGUCCCGCCCGUUCCUGUCCAAACCCUCGGGCUCAUUCCUGCCCCGCUCCUUGGAGAAGAAGACUUCCCCUACGGCGCUGGCAUCCUGGAGACCUCAGGCGAAGGCCUAUUGUGUGGGCUCCAUGCUCUUUGUGAAAGCUGGGGAAAGCAGCGUUCGGAUGACCCCCCCACCGUGGAAGAACUCCAAGCAGUCGUGGACUCAGAGGCAUACAUGAGCACUACUGUUCCUGGCCUAGACAAUACUAAUAAUUUCUACGCCGAGCAACUCGCAGUCAUCAUCAAUUUGUGGACGGAGAAACCAAUCCAAUUGGGAAUCAUGCUCGAAGGCGGUGAUACCUCAUACGUCCUGCACAGCGAAGCGGAGAAUCCUGAACGCUUAUGGAUACUAUACUCUCCUGGGCAUUGGCAAGGCCUCGAAGCCUUGACCGUAUAUGAACAGGCCGCCGUCGAUAUCGAUCCUGAAGAUGACUUCCGAAUCCUCGUCAAAGCUCAGAAAGAUAAGCAGGAGAAGGACACUCUCUGGAAAUGCCGUGUUGCUCCUCCUAUCCCGAACAGCCCGGUGGACCUCAUCCCAGUCUUUGUCACUAAGCCAUGGGAUGAAGAAAAGAAAGCUUUUGAUGCUUACCCCAUACGCGCCAUCAGCACUAGAGAAGCUUCCGAGUAUGACUUCGGACGUUUGGUGCAAACCGGUAUCCCACACAUGGUCAAAUUCAAGAUCAUCGACUCAGAACGCCAGACAAAGCGUAAUCUCGCCGCUUUGGAAAGAAUCAACUGCCCGCCAAAGAACAAGACGCACACCCCUUGGAACAUCCUAUGGAAGCAAAUUCUGACCUUCAAUAACCUGCACACGAUCGGCAACAAAGACAUGUUCGCCAGCAUCCGCGGCCAAUGCCCCAAUCCUGAACAGCACAUGCAGCUGAAUGCUCAGCAAGCUGUGGGCAUGGCCGCAGCAAGUAAUGCCAAAGGAGGUAUCCUCUUGAUUGAAGGAGCCCCUGGCGCUGGAAAAAGCCAUUUCAAUUGCCAAUUUGUCAAGCCCUUCCUUAUGCUGGGCAAGCUUGGACCGAUCCUCUUGACAGCCAGCAGUAACGACGCUGUCGAUCUCCUCCUGACCAACUUAUGGUCAGUAUACAAGCAGAUGGUGUACCAAGGCAAAGCAAAGCCUGGCAAACGCUUUAUCCGCCUCUACUCAAACACCUCGGAGAAGAGCAUCCGAUCCCGACACAUUCGCGCAGCUAUGGAAAAAGACCCUGAGGCUCGACCUAAUGUUGAAGACAUUGGGGACAUCAGUCAAAUGAGCGACCUCGACACAAUGAUUCGUAGACUUUUCGACAGCACGCGUACACAGAACUUCCCGGGCAUCUUCGACCGACGCGUUAAAGACCUUACCUUCUCUCUUGGAGAAGCUAUGUUACAACAGACUGGUAUCAUCCACGAUCCUGUCUAUACGCCCGAUAACGCUAAAGUCCAAUAUGCCGACUUCCGCGAGCAUUUCAAGCGUUACUACGGGACUAAGGAUAUGGAUCCUGCCCAACGAAAAGAAUACGCGCUAUGGGAACGUGAAAUUCUCAAGCAGAUCCUGGCUGAAGCUGAUGUCGUCGCAUGCACUGUCUACAUGGCUGGCUCGAAGCUUAUUGAAGACGCUCUCUCUGAAAAGGUUAUAGGUGUCAUCCUGGACGAGUCUAAUCAUGAAGACCUCCUUAACUACUUGCCUAUCUUUCAGCUGGCUGCUCCUUCAAUGAGCUUUGUGAUCCUCAGCGGCGACAAGAACCAAGUGGCGCCUCCCGACUUGUUCACAUCCAGAGAAGUCACGUUUGUCAAUGAAUUGUCGAUGACUCUACCUGCCCGAAUGGCAGCCUUAGGAUGGCCCGUGAUCCACCUGACUGAGCAGAGCCGCAUGGUACCCGAGAUCGCAAGCAUUGUCAACCGAUUCGCGUAUCAAGGACAGAUGACUACUGUGAUGGCACGCGCCGGCCUAAAAGCCCGCCAAUAUGGCCGUGAAUUCCGCAGGUUCGCCGAUAAGCAAUGGAAGAAGAAGCAGAACGUCGUCUGGCUCGACGUCCAGGGUCGUGCUGCUGACACAAUCAAGCAUCGAUCAUCAAAAGUCAACCCUUUCUUUGCCAUUACAUCUCUCAACCUCGUCCCGAGACUCCUCAAGAUUGGAGAAAGAGUCACAGUCGCUUUGAUCACUCCAUACGCCGGUCAGCGUAACGUUUACUUGUCCGCAUUGGCUUCUAUGCAGAUGGACUCGUACAUGAACGACUGCGACCUGACGAACCUCACGAUUGGCACGAUUGACGCGCUCAUCGGUAAAGAAUUCACUUUCGUCGUUCUCGACCUACCAACAGACGAGUACCCCGGUUUCCUGUCGGACUAUCGCCGUCUGAACGUCGGCCUGUCCAGAGCUAGAGAUGGCCUCAUCGUUAUCAUGAACGGAAAAGAAGUGGAUCGCAUGAAUGACCGUUCGUCAUUCCAGCUGAAGCGAUUGCGCGAUCUGCUCAUCCCGCAUCAAUACGAACUGAAGGCUUUCGAAUACCCUUCCUGUCGCUGGUAUACACCUGUGGGUCACGGAACCCGCUCAUGGUUCCUGAAUGGUGGUGUUCUCGAUGAUCAGAACGCGAUUGCCGACGAAGACAAAGAGAAGGACGAGAACAAGCCAUCGGGCAAUGGCGCCGGUUGGGAGCAAGAUGAUGGAAAUGCACAAGUCAAUGAAGCGCAAACUGGCGGUUGGGAUCAAGACACCACGGACAACGAUGCUCAGCAUACCGCAUGGAGCGACACUCAGCCUGUCGCUGAUGGCGCUUGGAACGACCAGCCUGCCGUCGUCAGCGAUGGCUCUUGGGGAACUCCAGUUGAGACGCAGGCUUGGAAGGAAGAACCUGCUGUCGAAGAGCCAUGGAAUGCUGAUCACGCAUGGUGAUGGACGAGCGAGAUGGAAGCGCAAGACGAAAGCGACACGGUUGAAAGGAAGGACACGUUGGACAUGGACAACAUGAAGAAAAGCACUCAAUCUCACACAAACACGAGCUGGAACAACAUCAACUGACUGGAUUUGACAAAAAUGGAGACACCAAAA